AUGCGAUACAACUUCUCGGCCGAUCCGGCCGAACUGAUGGAGCAGUAUGGACUCUCGCCUCAGAUUAUGGAUCUGCUCAUCUCGCACUUCUCCUUCUUCGAUAUGAACGACGAUGGGGUGAUUUCGCUGCAAGAGCUGGAGACCAUGUACAACCAAGUGUCGCGAACUUAUGCCAAUCCUGCGCACCCCCUUUCGCCGGUCUUCAACUCUCCCAAUCCCCCACCGCCCCCCUUGCCUACUGAGAUGGAUAUCACCGCCCUUUUCUAUGAGGCUGAUACCAACCAGAGCGGCUUCAUCGAGUUCGAGGAUUUUACUCGGGUGCGUGUCGAUUGA